AUGAGGGAUGGUAAAUGUAAGAGAAACUUUCCGAAAGAGUUUUCUGAGUGCACCGUGCAAGGAAAAGAUGCAUACCAUGUUUGCAGCGAACGCAAUAAUGGACGACGCAUACGCAAGAGUGAGAGUUUUGAAGUAUAUAAUAGGAUGGUUGUGCCUUAUAGCCCUUGGUUAUUACAAAAGUAUGAUUGUCAUAUAAACGUAGAAAUUUGCAGUAGUGUGGAUAAUGUUAAAUAUCUUUACAAGUAUGUGUAUAAGGGUCUGGAUUAUGUAUCUUUCGGAGUGCAACCAGAAGACCACGACGAGAUAACAAGGUACAAAAAUGCAAGAUGGGUUUGUGCUCAAGAUGCAAUGCGGAAGAUCUUUAGCUUUCCUCUUUACAAGGUCUAUCCUUCGGUAGUGAGAUUACAGAUACAUCUUCCCAAUCAACAGAGUGUCAGGUACUAUGAUUACCAAAUGUUAGAUGAAAUUUUGUCCGAUGAGAGGAAUUUGAGAACAACUUUGACAGAGUUCUUUGUGACAAAUGCUUGCGAUCCUAGAGCGAGAGAGUUCUUAUACCGUGAAUUUCCAGAGCGCUAUUGUUGGGAUACAAAAUCCAAAGAAUGGAGAAGAAGACGAAGUACGCAGAAGUCUAUAGGGAGGGUUUAUACGGUACCUUCAUGUGCAGGAAAGGUGUGGUUCUUAAGACACAUUCUGAACCACAUCACAGGUCCUACUUCUUUUGAUGAUCUAUUGUUUGUUGAUGGAGAGAGAUGUCGGACAUUCAAGAGAGCUGGCGAAAAACUGGAACUCUUAGAGAAUGAUCAGAGUGCGAGAGCGUCUUUGGCUGAAGCAACAACAGUAAAGAUACCGUCUUCUCUGAGAAGAAAAAUUUCCUCUAUCUUGAACUUUUGUAAUCUAUCAGGCGUGAGAGAAUUGUGGGAUUAA